CUAUUUACUACUUGCACAGAGGAGAGCCAUUUUGAUCUAUAUACGAAGAAUUAUCUACUUUAUUACUUAGGUUGCACUGUAAUGGGGAAGGAAGUGAUAGCAGGCGGUCUUCCAUGUAGUAGAGAUUUGAGAAGUGGGUUUUGUAAGGAAAAUGGAGUGUAUUACAGCAAACAUAAGCCCAGAUCGAUUCCAGAUGAGCCAUACCUAGAUGUGGUGUCUUAUGUGCUUUCUCCCAAACACAGAGCUGCAGAAAUAGCUCUGAUUGAUUCUUCAACUAAUCAACAGAUUUCGUACAAGGAAUUGCCCGGCAAGAUCAGAUGUGUUGCAGCAGGCUUAUACAGAAUGGGUAUAAGGCAGGGAGACGUGGUGUGCAUAGUUUCUCCAAACUCUAUUCACUUUCCUGUCAUAUUUUUGGGAAUUCUGUCCAUUGGAGCAGUCGCCACCACCACCAAUCCCCUCAACACAGCGGCUGAAAUCAUCAAGCAGACAAGGGACUCCAAAGCGAAGCUUGCAUUCGCAGUACCCGAAUUGGUAGAGAGAGUAAAACCUACGGGUCUUCCAUUAGUGGUGAUAACACAAGAAUCCUACAAACAUGCUGCACACCAUUUUAUCACCUACGGGGAACUGCUACAAUCCGAUCCCUGCAUGGCGCCCACAGUCAAAAUAAGGCAAGAAGAUACAGCCGCAUUGCUGUAUUCUUCUGGCACAACGGGUGUGAGUAAGGGAGUGAUCAUCACUCACAGAAACGUCAUUUCCAUGGUGACUUUGCUGCUGGGUGUGAUCAUAUCGGAAUCAAACCUGAAUGCCUGGGAAAUGGUAAGUCUGGCGGUGCUGCCCAUGUUCCAUGUGUACGGCCUUACAAUGCUGGUAGCAGGGAUGCUCGCGGUGGGGGCCACAUGCGUUGUGAUGGGUCGGUUUGAGCUGGAAGAGAUGUUGAGAACCUUUGAGCAUUACAAAAUUACAUUUGUGCCGCUGGUUCCACCCAUUAUUCUGGCGCUCACUCAUCAUUCUGCCGUGGUAGGGAAAUAUGACUUGACUUCAGUAAGGCAUGUGGGCUCUGGAGCAGCUCCUCUUGGUAAACAGGUGGCCCAGGCCUUUGCCAACAGAUUCCCUCACAUUCAACUGCUCCAGGGAUAUGGCAUGACAGAAACAAUCGGUGCAACAUCAGUGACCACGGGAGAAGGAUAUAAAAGAUAUGGCUCUGCUGGUUUGUUGAUUCCCAAUAUUGAGGCCAAAGUAAUAGAUGUGGACAAAGCGACUCCUUUACCUCCCAAUCAAAAAGGGGAACUUUGUCUUAGAGGUCCUAUCAUUAUGAAAGGCUAUUUUAGUAAUGAAGAAGCUACAUCAUCAACAAUUGACAAGGAGGGAUGGCUUCAUACGGGGGAUCUAUGCUACUUUGAUGAGGACGGGUUUCUUUAUGUUGUUGAUCGUUUGAAAGAGUUAAUCAAGUAUAAUGCAUAUCAGGUUGCUCCUGCAGAACUAGAGGCGUUGUUGUUGUCUCACCCAGAGAUUUUGGACGGAGCAGUUGUACCACUUCCAGAUGAAGAGGUCGGGGAAAUACCUCUUGCGUAUGUGGUCAAAAAGGCUAAUAGUCUUUUAGCUGAACAAGAUGUUAUCAAUUUCGUGGCUAAACAGGUGGCACCAUACAAAAAGGUUAGAAGAGUAUUGUUCAUUGAUUCCAUUCCCAAAUCUGCUGUUGGAAAGAUUCUUCGAAAAGAACUUGUGGAACGUACAACUUCAAAGUUAUGAUUAAAUGGUGAAAAUGUUGUAUAUUAAUGUAAUAUUAUCAUUAGUAUUUAUAUAUUGCAUGUAUCCUGAACAGUAAUAUAAAUAGACAUCUUUAGAAUUAGUAAAAAAAAUGCAUUAUGGCAUUAUAAUCUUUUGUAAUCUUGUCAUAUGAAUGACUUCACCAUUGACAUGUUUAUUCUCUUGGAUGAAAGAUACCAACUUAAAUUUUUA